GGACCGGCGAGCGGUCUGCAGCAGGACGUCGUAGAUCAAUGAACCGGACCAGAGGGUUGGUCCGUCGCCUGGCGUGCUUCUGACUGUAUUAUAGAUGUGUCAGUACAACCACAAAGAUCCGAGGCUAAUUUCUGUCCUGAACCAGGCCGAGCAGAAUAAUGCGGCUGUUAUAAAGCGCUGGCUAUUUUACGAGCCGAUCUCAACGCGCGAUUUCCGUCUCUAGUUGAGGCUCGCAUCGCAUUUUCCUUUUUUUUUUUGGAGGUUGGAGGGAGGAGGGGAGGGAGGUAGAAUACAUCUGUAACCUCCAGGAUGAUCUUUGCAAACAACCCGCUGAAAACAGCCGGCCGUAAACAGUCCUACCCCAUGACUCCGUCCAGUCCGAGCAGCAGCAGCAACAGCAGCAGCACAGGCCUGGAACAGCUCAGCAAAACCAACCUGUACAUUCGCGGCCUGCCUCCUGCUACUACAGACCUGGAUCUGGUUAAACUCUGCCACCAAUAUGGAAAGAUCCAGUCUGCAAAGGCGAUCCUGGAUAAAACGACCAACAAGUGUAAAGGUUACGGCUUUGUGGAUUUCGACAGCCCAGCUGCUGCUUUAAAGGCCGUGCAUGCUCUCAAAACCAGCGGCAUUCAGGCUCAGAUGGCCAAGGUGAGUUUGUCACAGCAACAGGAGCAGGACCCCACAAAUCUUUACAUUUCCAAUUUGCCUCUGUCUGUGGAUGAAAAGGAGCUGGAGAAAAUGCUGCAGCCCUUCGGUCAGGUCGUCUCCACUCGAAUCCUCAGAGACUACAGCGGGAACAGCAGAGGCGUGGGCUUCGCCAGAAUGGACACAACGGAACAGUGUAACGGAGUCAUUUCCCACUUCAACGGGAAGUUUCUCAAGUUAGCCUCUGGAAGUCUGGCCCCGUCUCAACCUCUGCUGUGCAAGUUUGCUGACAGUCAAAGAAAGAAGCACGGUCACAGUGGAAUUACUCCCAGUGCCCAGACGGGGGACCUCAGAUUAGGUGCGAUGACUCUCACCUAUGACCCCUCCUCAGCAGCGAUACAGAACGGGUACUAUUCCCCUUCAUACCCAGUGACUAAUAGGAUAAUGACUGUUCAGCCUGCAAUAACUCCCUACAUGUCUCCAGUCUCUACAUACCAGGUGCAGAGCCAUUCUUGGAUGGCACAUCAGCCGUACAUCAUGCAGCACCCGGCUGCUGUGAUGUCGCCCUCUGUGGAUCCCUCCAUGUCACUGCACCCAACAGCCAUGAUUACUCAGCAGAUGGGACAGCUGGCACUGGGAAACACUGCAGCGUACAUUGCUGCCAGCCCUGGUGUUCAAGGAGCUUACAUGCCUCACUAUCCUCCCAUGCAGGCAGCACCUGAAAACGGCACGCCACAGCAAGUGGAUUCUUCCAACAACUCGUCUCCUUAUAGUCAACUCAGCAAGUAACACAGAGGCCACAUUUCUGCUCUGUGUACCUGACGUAUGGUGGGGAGGCCACCGAUGACAUCACAGGGAACACAGCCACUGAUUGGACCAGAACACCAGUUUUUUUUUUUUUUUUUUGCACAGCUCCGACAUUUGUUGCAGAAACUGAAGAUGGUGUAAAUGGAUGCAGAAAGUCCAACAUCUUCAGAAAAAAAAAAGUAAAUUUAUUUUGAUAAGAAACUUGCUCUUCUUUUUCUCUUUUUUCAUAAUUCUCAACUACUUUUCAGACCUUCCCUGUCUGUACCAAACACCCCCCUCCCCAUCCAAGUAUGAUGUGACAUAAAAUGCAUGGUUUUUUUUUUGCUCUUACCCCACCCUUUUAUGAGGUGUCCAUGUUUUAUUUUUAUGUAUGGUAAAUGAAAAACUUUGCAGACCUUGUUUGCACUGAAGUUUGAGGUUUCUAGGAUAACUUCGUUUUGAGUUUGUCCCGCAAUAGCCCGCAUAAAACCUGUCUCGAUCACCAUUUCAUUCGGAAAUUACUAAAUAUAUUAUUGGAAAUUGUGCCUUUCUUACAUGAGAUCCAACAUGUUUUUUCAUCAGACUUGAUCAGGUGUCUUACAUCUAUCAGCGGAUAAAAUGUGUGCGUGGAAUCAUGUGGAUUUCCAUGGAGUGUUUCGCUAUCUAGUCCUCUAGUAGCAAUAAAGACAAUGAGAGUUUGACGGCAAUACUGAAUAGAAAAAAAUAAUCAUGACAAAACUCAGAGAAAGGUAAUUCCUUAUCUUCCAAUCCAUUUCUCUUUACUUUCCAUUUUUCUGAACUUUUAUGAAAUUGCGAGUUUUACAGCGAACAGGCAUCUUCAAGGAGGGUUUGCUUUUCUCUUGUGGUCACUUUGACCAGUUAUCUACCUCACGGUUUUGCUGGAGUCUGCCGGUGUUGUGGGGUUUGCAGGUAAAGCCCCGUCUCACCACACCAGACGAAGCAGGCCAGAAGCCAUGCUCAGGAGCUGGCUGAACAGGACUUCUGCCCUUUUGUCUCCCACAAGCAGCUUCUCUCUCCCUGAUCUUAAAAAGCAAACACAAGACAAAAAAAUAUGUUUUUUUUUCUUCCUGAUAUUUAAUUUUACUUGUCAUAGCUUCUGUUUUGAUGCUUCUUCUUUUUUUUUUUUCUUUUUUUUUCUUUGCUGAUGUUCACAUGUCAAAGCUUCACUUUGGAAACGUAUGGAUUUCUCGUAAAACUGGUAGAUUUUUCUUGGAUAAAAAUGAAUUCAGGCUAUUCUGUUGUUGGCAGACCUCAUUCUUUUUCUGAGCUCUAUAAGAAAUGCUGUCAUUCACUCGAGUCAAACUGCAUUCAUGUCAAAAACCAAAAUGUGAAUGAGUUGAAAUUAAAUCAGACAAGCAACCAGAUGCUGAGAACAGCAAAGUUUCACUUCAUGGAGAAUGAAUCAGAUAAAACAGGACUUGUAAAGUAUACACACUAAAGACCAAAAGUGAAAAGCCAGCUUUUCCUUUUCUUUAUCUUUCUCCUUUUUCUUAAAACUUCUACACGGCGUUGAAGGAGAAGAGCACAGGACCUAUGGUGCUUUUCUCUGAUCAAAAACGGAAACGCUGAGCUUUAAUAAAAAACACAGCCAGGCUUUGACAGAGUGUGCUGCCCCAUUCCAACACUUUGUUACCAGACCAACUGCAAAAUACAAAGAAGUAAAGUUGUUACUCAUUAUUUCCUCAUGUCACUUUCUACUGAUUUCAAACAAUCCUUCCCUUGCUCUCUUCUUUGAAAAGAUUGGAAUAAAGACAAUACUGAAUAAACUGCUCUUCUCUUUCUCA